AGUCAUAAAAAUGUCUUGAACAGCAGCUUUCAGCUUCACUGUGAGCUGUGCAGAGACAAAGAUUCAGAGAGAAGAUGGCUUCACUUCCUGCAGAACCUGAUCUGAGAAUAGUGAUGAUUGGAAAAACUGGUGUGGGGAAGAGUGCUGUUGGAAACACCAUCCUGGGAGAACGUCUGUUCAUGUCUCGUCCGUGUUCAGACUCAGUGACUAAGACCUGCGAACAACAACAUGUACACCUAGGUAACAGAAAGGUGACUGUGGUGGACACACCAGGAAUCCUGGACACCAAGGUCUCUGCAGAGUUCAUCAGAGAAGAAAUAGUGAAGUGUGUGAAAGUCUCUUGUCCUGGUCCUCAUGUGUUCCUGCUGGUCAUCACAGUCGGUCGAUUCACUCCAGAAGAGAAGAACUCAGUGGAGGCUCUGCAGCAGCUGUUUGGUCCAAAGGCAAACCAGUACAUGAUGGUGCUGUUUACACGUGGUGGUGAUCUUGGAGACAUGACCAUACAAGAGUACGUACAGGAGGGUAAGGAAGACCUUCGACAAGUCAUCCAACAAUGUGGAGGCAGGUUCCACGUCUUUGACAACAACAGCAAAGACAGAAAACAAGUAGAGGAGCUGAUCAGGAAGACUGAUAACAUGGUGGAAGGUAACGAUGGAUCAUACUACACUGAUGAAAUGUAUGAAGAAGUUCAAGCGGCUGGCAAGAAUAACAACAAUUACAGCUUCUUUGAUGCACUGUUCCAACGUAUCAGGCUUUUUCUACAAAUUCUUAGAAGAAGUUAAAUAACUUUGAUAUUUUUUAAAAAGCCUUUACACACACACACACACACAUUUAUUCUAUCUGUAAGGGACUGUGAACAACAUUAAACAUAAAUGUUACCAUAUACUGUACCAGAAUUAGAUUAAAUCAAAAUCUCCUGAAUGUUUUGUUUUGCUUUAGGUUCUGUCAGUAAAAAUGAUUUAAAAAAAUAUAAGUUGUUGAUUGUAAGACUGCCUCUUAGAGUGACAGUAGAUAUAAGACAGACUGUGUUACUGAUAAAGUAUUUCCUGUCUCUGCUGUAUUUAGACCUGUGCUUUCAUUUCAUGAUCUGUAUAAUCAUGGUGGUUUGUCAGAACUUCUUUUAUUCUGAAAAGUGAACAUAAAAUUAAAUUAAAACUGAAAAGAAAUCUGCAUGUUUUAUUUGGCAUUUACAGCAAUUAUUAUUAAUUAGUGCUGAAUAUUUACUUACUGUAAUUCUGUCCUGGUUGCAGAGGGUCUGGUCAUGUAUUCAUAAGUUUGGAGUCAACUUUCAUAUCAGCUCUCUUCACCAUCUGAUAAGAGCAAGAAAUGCUGAAGUAUAAACUGUAUGUGUUAUUUCUGGCACAGUGAGAGCAGACAGCAUUUUAUUCUCCAGAAGCUGAAGCAGGACACUUUGAAUAUCAGUUACAUUUUCAUUGACAACAACAACAUUAAAC